CUUUCUAUAAAACACUUACACACACGUAUGUACAUACAUACGCACAACUUCGCAUAUGAAAAUACAAAAUAAACAAAACAUGCUGAUGUCGAGAUACGAUGAUGGCCGUUUCCGUUUCACCAACGUCCCAUGCACCAACACACACCAGCAGCGAGUUGAAAUUCAGCUGAUACGGACCAACAGCGAGAGUGCGAGCGCGUGAGCGCAAGCAAGCGAUUGACUCGCCUGCGCUCUUCAACUCAAACAACACAGCGCGCUCAAACACACAUGCAUGCAUAUAGGCGAGCAAACAGAGAGCGCGCCGAUCGCCCGCUGUGGCUUUGUGCGCGAUUUUUGUGAAUGAAUUCUUCUGGCCGUGCGUACGAUUUAUCUACAAAUUCGUAUUUUACGAUUUUUUUACUUAUCUGCAGUCGGCGCUGCACUGAUAGUCGCACACAUGCACACUCACACAUAUGUAUAUGGUAGAGCACCCACGUAUUGCCGCGAUCGCCAGUUUGUGCUCAAAAGCGGACGUGCUCUCUAGCUCUCGCAGUUGCUCACUCUCACUGAGUGGUUCAUUCUGUGUUCGUUUGCUGCGUUUGUGUGCGUGUCGCUUAGGAUAUUGCCGUGUUGAAUGUCUCGCUUGUCAGCGUUUGCAAUCCGUUUCGCUUCAGUUUGACUCUACGAAUCCAAUAGAUACAGAACGUUUUUGUUAUACGUUAUUUAUGCUUUUUUAAUAUGGAUUGUCGUAAAUUUUCGUGUAAAAAGUGACAGUUUCAAGUGGAAUUCGCGCAAAUAAAAUUUAUAAAUUGUGUUUAAUUUAUUUGAAGUCAAAGUAUGUGUGUUUAUACCAACUGUUAGCUGGUGCAAUUGGAAAACAACAACAACAACAGCAAACGUUGCCAUCAUUAAUUGGUGAUUUAAGUGAAAAUCGGAGCGAUGUUAUCGGCGAGCUAUCACUCCACCGGAACAAAGCAGUACAGCUGAACUCUAAAAUACAAACAAACACAUACAUACAUACAUAUGUAUGUAAACAAAUGUAAAUAGGAGCAAAAUAUAUAGUGAUAAAGUGAUAACAAAAAUUGUUAACAACAAAAGCAAUAAAAAUAUAUAAAAUAAUAAUAGUAAAAAAUCACACGCGCUCGAAGGUGUUAAGUGUGCGGCAUUAAGUGCUAUUAAACCUUGAUUGGUUUCUCUAAAAUAUACAGUUAAUAGUUUUGUAUACAACAAUUUUUUUUUUGGAAUUCACUCGUCGCACUAGUAUGACAAAUGAGUGGAUCGAUUUGGCGGAUCGGCGUUUGCGUGCGCCGCUACGUGCCGGCUAUAAUCAUCAUCAAUUGUUGCUCAACAACAAUUACACCGGUGGAUACUCGAGUAAAUUCCAUUUGCGCGCGCAUAAAUUACAACAAUUGCACACGGUUGGUGCGAAGUUAAAAGAUGUGCCAUCACAAAUUCCACCACUCACACCCGGCACCAAUCGAAAGGUAGCUGAAGUGUUAAAGGCCUCUUUCGCUUCAUGGGAGAAAGAGGUGCAGAACUGUAAUAUAACCAAAGAUCCCCGCGAAUGGAAGGAGGAGCAUGUCAUCUAUUGGCUCAACUGGGCAAGCAAAGAAUUCUCACUGGUCUCAAUGAAUUUGGAGCCUUUCAUUAAAAUGAAAGGACGUGAUAUGAUUGAAUUAGGCAAAGAUAAGUUUCUAGCAAUAACGCCACCAUUUACGGGUGAUAUUUUGUGGGAACACUUAGACAUACUGCAGAAGGAUUGUGAAAAAUUCGGCAAUGAUGAUGUUGUUAAUGUACAACAGCAACAACAACAGCAGAACGCCUUUGAGGCGUCCACGACAGCGUCGCAUUGCGGCUCGGAUCAUCAAGUCGGCAAUUAUUUAGGUAGUAACAGCAAUAAUAAUAACAAUAACAACAACAAUAACAACAGUCACAGAUUAACAUCCGAUUAUACAACACCGCCAGCCAGUGAGAAAAGUAGCUUUCAUUCACCCUCGGUGCAUCACAGUGGCUACAGCAGUAAUCCGCACGAUCACAGCAAUAACAGCCCGCCCCCGCAAACGCAACAACAAACGCAAAAUGCUAACAACAAUGGCGGUUCGUUGCUUUCGCAUGCGCAGCAGCAGCAACAACAACAACAGUCGCAACAAAGCAAUCCCGCCGCCAACAGCAAUGCGUCAGGCGUCAACGCCAACCAGUCGACCGGUCCGACGCCGAAUCACAACAACAACAACAGUGCCAAUAUGAAUUACAUGCACGUGGCGUUACGAAACUCGGCCGCUGCGGCCGCACUCUACAGCCAACAUCAGAUGAAAGAGGAACCGGGCACACAGAACACCUCCUCCUAUUCGAGUCUUGGCAGUGGCAGUAGUAACGGUCAAACCGAUCCGGCUGAUCUCUCUGUUUCAUCCGUUUAUGGUUUGCCACCACAUCUGGCAGGUGCUGCCGCUGCGGCAGCUGUUGCUGCAGCCACCGGUGUACAUUACGAUGAUAAUGAUUAUCACAGCACGAUCUCAUCGCAAGAACAUCCAAGUUAUCAGGAUAGCGGCGCCGAUUUCUAUGGACUUGCUGUGGCGAAUAAUGAACAGAAAUACAAUGCCUACGGACGCUCACCAUUCCCCGAUUCCUAUGCCUCGGAGUAUGGUUCGUACGAUCCAACGCGUUUCUCUUCAAUGAGCGGUCAGUCGCCGGCAGAUCAAUGGGGCGUGCAUCAUGCUGGGCAACAUUCGGCCGCGUAUAUGAAUACGAUGAGUUUGGAGAAGGCACUCAUGGGCGCAUAUCCCAUGCAAGGUGGUGUGCCGUGCUUUACCGGCUCUGGGCCGAUACAGUUGUGGCAAUUUCUAUUGGAACUGCUGAUGGAUAAGACGUGUCAGGGCUUCAUUUCGUGGACUGGCGAUGGCUGGGAGUUCAAGUUGACCGAUCCAGAUGAGGUUGCUCGUCGCUGGGGUAUACGCAAGAAUAAGCCAAAAAUGAACUACGAAAAGCUCAGUCGUGGUCUCCGCUAUUACUACGACAAGAACAUCAUACAUAAGACGGCAGGCAAGCGCUACGUCUACAAAUUCGUUUGUGAUCUACAAAACCUGAUUGGCUACACGCCAGAAGAAUUAUGUGCUAAAUAUGACCUCAAGACGGACAAGAAAGAUGAUGAUUAGAUUGCUGUUUGAGGGCUGAACGCCUAGGCGGUAAACUAAAGUUAGCUAUGACUACAGCAACGAGCCCCCAAGCCAACCAACCCCACACGUACGCAUACAAACACACACUCAAAGUGAACCUAAAGCUGUGCUUUAAUUGCGAGUGCAAACUUGACAAUGCCAAAUGCUAUGAGAUCAUCGAGCUCACCUCAUUAUUGGUUUCAAGUUCGCACAUGUGGGCGUCCGCAAGUGGUGUGCGGUCGGGGGUUGCGGUGCAUGGAUGUGAAUGUGGAUUCUUCCAAAUGUGCUUAAUUUUCGAAAGUACACAGACACACAUUAUUUACACACACAUACAUACAUAUAUAGAAGCAUAUAACAUAUACACAUUUACAGUUGUAAUUAUAUUUUAGUACGCAAACAUAUAUGCAUAUACAUAUACCGUUAUUUAAAGUAUGUAUUUGCUAUUUUCUGUGCUUACUCAUGUUUAAGUCAUUUAAUUAUGAAUUCAAUUAAUUUGUUUGAGGAGAUUACAAGCUUACUUAUAUAGCAUAUGUAUAUACAUACAUAUAACUGUACAUAGUGUGCUAAGGAACACAAGUCGUGCGCACGAAAAAUAAGAGAAACCCCUAAUAAUCGUGAUCUUAAUUUUAAGUUUGCACAACACUUUUACAUUAUUACAUAACAUAUAUAACGUACUCAUAAUUUAUAUAAAAUAUUGCAAAUAUUUAGUGAGAAACGAAAAUAUAAUUUUAAUGUUACUUUUCUAAAUUAAAUAGCUGUUAGUUAUUAAAAAUAAAUUAAAAAUCACAAAAACGUUGUAUAAAUUUCUAAAUAUGAAAAUGCUUAAGUAAAAAAAAUCAAAAAUAUCUAAGUUUUUUAGUGCCUAGUAUGUUUAUAAAGCGCAAUUUUUCUUAUAAGUUAAUUUUAAUUUAAUGGUAUAUACUUUCAGAAAGUUGCUAAAUUCAAAAGAAAAUUUGGUUAAAA